GGUUAAGGGCACUUCCGCCUCCCGCAGGACGGAUGUCUUGAAGAAACAUCUUCGGUGCAUCAUUCCUGUGUUAAUAUUUACCUGCUUUUCAGAUACCCUGAUAAUUGUGGAAAAUCCCUUACCUGCUUAUUGUGUCACUAGUGUUUUAGUGAGAUUAAAUAGUCCUACCUGAAAGUCGGAGGGGUGUGGUGACCGCCAGUGUCUCUGAGGGAAGCCAUGGAGGAGCCAAGAAAGUCGCAGCUGCCUCUUUGACGGCUGCAGGAGGAACCACACAAGCUCCGCUCAUGUUUACGAGAGAUACAACAAAGUCAGCAGCUAUUUACUGACACACGCUGCCAGACACAAUCACCAAAGACCUGCUCAGAUAGGACACAACUUGCCAUAAAGACUCUCCAAGCACAUACCAGAAGUAAAGGACACAGACAAGCCUACAUUACACAGAAAAGUGGAGGUCAACAAAGUGUCUUAAUAGAGAGGCGACAGACCAAACAAAAUGUCACCCUUGGUGGAUAAAUGAGGCCUGACUCUACAGCAUAUAUUUACAAGUUCUUGUGAAGAACAACUCCCUGAGCAGCAGGAGUGGACCUCAACGAUGGAGCAGGAUGAGACCCAACUUUUCUAUAUUAAAGAGGAAGAGGAGAUGCCGCCGCAAAUAAAAGAGGAAGCUCCAGAGCCAAAGCAACCCCACAUUAAAGAGGAGGAGGAGCCCCAUACUUGUUGCAUUAAGGAGGAAAAUGAGUCAAAGCCCGCUUCCACAUUACAGAGAAAGAUAAGUCAUAACUCCCACCACAUUAAAGAGGAGGAUCAGCUGGAACAGAACAUCAGUCAGGAGGGAGGGCAUCUUGAAGGACUGGAGGAGGUUGAUGUCACCAAGAUGCCAUUGACUGGUGUGAUUGUGAAGAGUGAAGAAGAUGAGGUCAAAGGUGAAAGUGAGGACAAGAGAGAGGUGGAGCCUCCAACCAGCAGCUCAAUUCAACACAUGACAACAGAAGCUGAUGGAGACCAAUGUGGAGGAUCACAAGCAGAAAAGCUCUUAGCUCCACUAUCAGAUAGUGAUGACACAAAGUCACACUCUCCUGACACUGAUGAUGAAGACUCUAAAGAUGAGAAGACAUGUCACACUGACAACACACCCUUUAAAUGUUCUUACUGUGGCAAAACGUUUAAUGACCAAAGCUAUCUGAAAGUACACAUGAGAAGACACACUGGAGAAAUACCCUUUUCUUGCUCAAUCUGCGGAAAAGGUUUUACACAAAGACAGUGUUGGAAAAAACACACAAGAAUACACACUGGAGAAAAACCUUUUCGCUGUUCAAUCUGCGGUAAAGGUUUUGUACAAAGUCACGAUUUGAAGAGACACACGAGAACACACACUGGAGAAAAGCCAUAUCCCUGUUCAAGCUGCAAAAAAUUAUUUUCUGACCGAUCAGCACUUGUUAAACACACAAGAACACACACUGGUGAAAAAACUGUUACAUGCUCAGACUGCAACAAAAGCUUUUGUGGCCGAUCAAACCUUGUAGCACACAUGAGAAUACACACUGGAGAGAAACCUUUUUCCUGUUCAGUCUGCGGUAAAGAUUUUACUCAAAGGCAGCAUUUGAUAACACACAUGAGAACACACACUGGAGAAAAACCUUUUUCCUGCUCAGAAUGUGGUAGAGAAUUUGGACAAAACAAAGUGCUGAAAGAACACAUGAAAAUACAUACCGGAGAAAAACCUUUUUCGUGUUCAGUCUGUGAUAAAGUUUUUGUACGGAGACAAUAUUUAAAAGCACACAUGAAAAUGCACACUGGAGAAAAAAUGUUGUCUUGUUCAAUAUGCGGUAAAAGUUUUAAAGAUGCAAACUGUUUGAAAAUUCACAUGGAAAUGCACACUGGAGAAAAACAUUUUACCUGUUCAAUCUGCUGUAAGCAUUUUAUGCGAAGACGAUAUGUAAAAAUUCACAUGAGAACUCACACUGGAAAGAAAGUGUUGAGUUGCAGUGUGUGUGAUGAAAGAUUCUCUUAUGAGUACCAGUGUAAGAAACACAAGUGUGCUGGUGAGAACAGCAGCAGCAAAUGAAGCUGCAGGGUUUAAAGGCCUACUGAAAUUAGAUUUUCUUAUUUAAACGGGGAUAGCAGGUCCAUUCUAUGUGUCAUACUUGAUCAUUUCGCGAUAUUGCCAUUUUUUGCUGAAAGGAUUUAGUAGAGAAUAUUGACGAUAAAGUUCGCCACUUUUGGUCGCUAAUAAAAAAGCCUUGCCUGUACCGGUAGUAGCAGCCGAUGUGCGCAUGACGUCACCGGUGUGAGGGCUCCUCACAUCCUCACAUUGUUUAUAAUCAUAGCCACCAGCAGCAAGAGCGAUUCGAACAGAGAAAGCGACGAUUCCCCCAUUAAUUUGAGCGAGGAUGAAAGAUUUAUGGAUGAGGAAAGUUAGAGUGAAGCACUAGAAACAAAAAAAUAAAAAAAAGUCGAUGGCAGUGGGAGCGAUUCAGAUGUUAUUAGACACAUUUACUAGGAUAAUUCUGGAAAAUCCCUUAUCUGCUUAUUGUGUUACUCGUGUUUUAGUGAGAUUAUAAAGUCAUACCUGAAAGUCAGAGGGGUGUGGUGACCGCCAGUGUCUCUGAUGGAAGCCAUGGAGGAGCCAAGAAAGUCGCAGCUGCCUCUUUGACAGCUGCAGGAGGACGCAAGCUCCGCUCGUGUCUCCGGUAAGAGCCGACUUAUUACCACAAUUUUCUCACUGAAACCUGACGGUUGACAUGUGGUAAAGAAACAUGUUCGCUUGACCGCUCUGUUCCAUAUUAAAGCUUCACAACAAACAAAAAAUCACGGGCUGUUUUGUUUGCUAAAGGCAGCUGCAAUCCACCACUUUCCACCAACAGCAUUCUUCUUUAUAGUCUCCAUUAUUAAUUGAACAAAUUGCAAAAGAUUCAGCAACACAGAUGUCCAAAAUACUGUGUAAUUAUCCGAUUAAAGCAGACGACUUUUAGCCUUGAGUGGUGCUGGGAUAAAAUGUCCGCUCCAACCAAUAACGUCACAAGCACGCGUCAACAUAAGCGUCAUCAUUCCGCGACGUUUUCAAACUAAACCGGCCGUAUUGGCAUGUGUUGCAAUGUUAAUAUUUCCUCAUUGAUAUAUAAACUAUCAGACUGCGUGGUCGGUAGUAGUGGGUUUCAGUAGGCCUUUAAAAAAACUUUCAAGACUUUGCGUCUGUAACAACAUGAGCAUGUAUAACGUUUGACGUUGUUGUGUGGUAACACCAUCCAUGCAUACAUUUUCUACAGCUUGUCCCUUUCAAACUUGUUAAUAUUCUUUUACUAAGUAUGGGUUAGAGAUUUUAAAUUGAUGCUUUUUAAGUCAAGUACAUGCAUUGAUAAACACCAUUGUGUACUUAGUUUUAAUUGAACAGCAAUUUGACCUAAAAGGCCUGGGUAAACAGUCCAAUACAUGUGUGACGUACAAUAACCAUGUUUUCUGUUUAUAGAUAUUCAUAAUUCACUUUUAUACGUUUGUAUAGUAAUGAUUUAUAUAGAGUUUUGAAAUAAAGUAUUAUAUAUUGUCAUGUCUUUAGAUAUGAUAAUACACAUUUGUUUUACAUGUGUUCAUACCUUUGCUUUUGAGUACACAUACAUCUCUCUUAGUUCAUAUUUACUGGUUCACAACUGAACCAUCUUCUGGACCUCUUCUGGAAGCAUAUUUUUUUUACUUCAUACAUAAUUUUACCAUUUGUAUCUUAUAGAAGAUCAUUCACUUUUAAAAUGUGCGACUUUAUGAAUCAUUUGUUGGGUCCUGAUAAUCCAUUCCAUUAUCUUUAUUGCUCUUUGUAAUAUGAACAAUGUUUUAAAUGUAUUUCCACAGACCUUUAUGCAGUAAGUAAUGUAUGCUUCAACUAAAGUUGGUUACACUUACUGUAAUUGUUAUUGCGCUUUUUUGUCAUACGUAUAGCUACAGGUAUGAUGAAGGACACAUUUUUUGGCAUGUUUUAUUAUUCAUAGUUUGCUUAACAGUAAUAGAAUAUUCUCAUAUGCUAUAAGACAGUGGUCCCCAACCGUUUUGUAUCCGCGGACCGGUCAACGCUUAAUAAUUUGUCCCGCGGCCCUGGGGGGGGGCGGGUCCUUUUUUUUUUCUUUUUUUUCUUUCUUCUUUGUCAUGAAAAAGGGACGUUUUUGUCAUGAAAAGGGGAGUUUUUUGUGGUUGGUGCACUAUUUGUAAGUAUAUUGUGUUUUUUAUGUUGGAGACCACUGCUAUAAGAGAUCAAAACUGGGAAAAUAAUCCCAGAGAAAGGGGAAAAAACGGUCAGCUAUCUUUAAAUUCAAGAAAAAUAUGAUUAAGUUGUAUAUACAUGCGUAUAUCCUACACAAACAAUGUAUGAAUACCUUAGAUUUCCAUAUAUCUUAGGGACUUUAUUCUGUCUUGACACUUUGUAUUGAUAUUUUGUAUUUCAUUAUUCCCUUAAAUGAUAAUGUUUACAGUGAUUGUUUUAUGUUUAUUUUCUUGUGUAUGUCGUUUCGGAUAAAAGUGUCUGCCAAAUACUUAAACAUAAACAUAUAUAAACAUCUGAAAGUCUUUAUAUCAGCUAAAACCACCAAUCUGUUUCACUGGAUUCAGAAUAAAACCAAAUUCUGUCUUACCCAACAAUGUUAUUAUUUGAAAAUUUUUACUUAAAGACUUAUUCCUGGUUACAAUUAUACUGUAAAGAAAGUAUUGUUAAUUUAAUUGACAAGCAGUUCUAUUAUGGUAAUGCGGCUACGAUUUCAGUACUAUUGAAGAUCUUUGCUCCUUCUCAAAUCUGUGGUAAUAUUCCUUUCACAAAAUACAACCAAUAGUACCUUAAUGUAAAAUCUUGUGAAAAGUAAUGCCCCGAUUCUUAUUUUCAACAGUCCGCUCAUUUGAGCAGGAAAACAUUGUUUUCUACCGCUUAUUCCCUUUUGGGGUCGCGGGGGCGCUGGCGCCUAU